AUGCCGUCCUUCUCUGCCGGCGCCUCACCGCAGAAGCAGCAGCAAUUCGCGAGAUGGAGACAGCUGAUUCGGCAACAGCGGAAGUCGCUCCCCAUUGCGUCAGUGGAGAAAAGGCUAGUUGAGGAGGUGAGGAAGAACGACACACUGAUUAUUGUUGGCGAGACUGGGAGUGGCAAAACUACUCAGCUUCCACAAUUUUUGUACGAUGGUGGGUUUUGUCAGGAUGGUAAAGUCAUUGGCAUCACUCAGCCUCGGAGAGUUGCAGCUGUUACAGUAGCAAAGCGUGUAGCAGAGGAAUGCAACGACCAGCUCGGCAAAAAGGUUGGAUACUCCAUCAGAUUUGAUGAUUCCACAUCCAAUGCAACAAGGAUUAAAUACAUGACUGAUGGUUUGCUUCUGAGGGAAGCACUUUGGGAUCCACUCUUGUCUAAGUACAGUGUUAUAGUUGUUGAUGAGGCUCAUGAAAGAACUGUUCAUACUGAUGUCUUGUUGGGUUUGUUGAAAAAAGUGCAACAUUCCCGAGCUAACGCCAAUAAAAAUGGGAAGACUUUGCCUGAUGUACAGGGCCAUUCUCAAAAUUUAACUCUUAAGGAAUGCCAGGGAAUAAGAUGUGCUCCUCUAAAGCUGAUAAUUAUGUCUGCUAGUUUGGAUGCUAAGUGUUUUUCUGAUUAUUUUGGUUGUGCUAAAGCUGUACAUAUUCAAGGUCGGCAAUAUCCGGUCGACAUACUAUAUACUUAUCAGCCUGAGUCGGAUUAUAUGGAUGCCACACUAGUUACCAUCUUUCAGAUCCAUUUGGAGGAAGGGCCUGGAGACAUUCUCGCAUUUCUAACUGGCCAAGAGGAGAUUGAAUCACUGGAGAGACUUAUUCAUGAGCGUGCUCGUUUAUUUCCACCAGAAAGUAGUAGGAUAUGGGUUACACCUGUCUAUUCAUCUCUCCCAUCAGAACAGCAAAUGAAUGCUUUUAAGCCAGCACCAGCUGGAACCCGCAAGGUAGUUCUAGCUACAAAUAUUGCUGAGACUUCAGUAACAAUACCUGGCAUCAAAUAUGUUAUAGAUCCUGGGAUGGUUAAAGCUCGUGCUUACAAUCCUGUGACUGGAAUGGAGUCACUAAUCAUCAUCCCAGUCUCUAAAGCGCAGGUUCUUCAAAGGAGUGGUCGUGCUGGACGCGAGGGACCAGGGAAGUGCUUCCGAUUGUUCCAAGAAAGUGAGUUUGAUAAACUGGUGGAUUCUACUGUGCCUGAGAUCAAGCGGUGUAACCUCUCAAAUGUUGUUCUGCAACUCAAGGCUCUUGGAAUUGAUGACAUCAUAGGUUUCGAUUUUAUUGAGAAACCAUCAAGGACUGCUAUUUUGAAAUCACUGGAGCAGUUAAUCUUACUAGGGGCUCUGACUGAUGAUUAUAAGCUCUCAGAUCCAGUUGGUCAUCAGAUGGCUAGGCUGCCUUUGGAUCCAAUGUACUCCAAGGCAUUAAUAGUAUCAAGCAAAUUCAAGUGCUUGGAAGAAAUGCUCAUUGUUGUAUCUAUGCUUUCAGUGGAAUCAAUUUUCUUCUCCGUGCGUGAGAAGUUAGAAGAGGCAAGAGCUGCCAGGAAGGGUUUCGAAAGCUCCGAAGGAGACCAUAUCACAUUGGUGAAUGUCUAUCGAGCAUCUGCAGAAUGCUUGGAGAAGAGCAGAAAUGCAAAUGCCAAAGAAAAAACAAUGGAAAAGGCUUUGAACAGGUGGUGCAGGGAAAACUUUAUCAACUACCGCUCUCUAAGACAUGCUCGCGAUGUUCACAGUCAAAUUCAGGGCCAUGCCCAACAAAUGGGGCUGAACCUGUCAUCAUGUGGAGACGACAUGGUUCUGUUUCGGAGAUGCCUUACCUCUGCUUUCUUCCUGAAUGCAGCGAUGCGACAGCCAGAUGGAUCAUACAGGGCCCUUGCAACUGGCCAGAGCGUGCAGAUCCACCCUUCAUCCGUGCUUUUCAGGACCAAGCCCGACUGUGUCAUCUUCAACGAGCUAGUUCGGACGACACAGAACUAUGUCAAGAACCUGACCCGUAUUGACCCCUUGUGGCUGGCUGAGCUCGCCCCGCAGUACUACACUACCGAGGAGUAA